CUGAGAGGUAACCAUGAUAGCCCCCCGUCUGUCCCAAAUGAUACACUAAGAGGUAACCAUGAUAGCCACCCGUCUGUCCCAAAUUAUACACCGAGAGGUUACCAUGAUAGCUCCCCUUCUGUCCCAAAUGAUACACUAAGAGGUAACCAUGAUAGCUCCCCGUCUGUCCCAAAUGAUACCCUGAGAGGUAACCAUGAUAGUUCCCCGUCUGUUUCAAAUGAUACCCUGAGAGGUUACCAUGAUAGCUCAUCGUCUCGCUGGAUUGUAGCCAAGAGAAGUACCCAUGAUAGCUUGUCGUCUCUAUCAAUUGUAACCAAGAGAAGUACCCAUGAUAGCUCCUCGUCUCUCUCAAUAAUAACCCUGAGAGGUAACCAUGAUAACUCCCCGUCUGUCCCAAAUGAUACCCUGAGAGGUAACCAUGAUAACUCCCCGUCUGUCCCAAAUGAUACACUAAAAGGUAACCAUGAUAGCUCCCCUUCUGUCCCAAAUGAUACACUAAGAGGUAACCAUGAUAGCUCCCCGUCUGUCCCAAAGGAUACCCUGAGAGGUAACCAUGAUAGUUCCCCGUCUGUAUUAUAA